CCUGUAAAGGAAACCCCAUAUUCUCGUUCUCCUGAAUUGAGGAUAUCACACAAACUGGCUGAACGUAAAAGAAGAAAGGAAAUGAAAGAACUUUUUGAUGAACUUAGAGAUUCAUUACCGGUAGAUAAAAGCUUAAAGACAAGCAAGUGGGAAAUUUUGAGUAAA